GAAGGGUAGGAGAGAGAGAGAGACAGCAGGCAGGCUCAUCCACCCCAAAACACUGCAACAGCAAAAGUCGAGAGUACAGUAAGGGAAAAGAGUGUAAAGUAAAGUGGAGAAAUGGGGCAGGGGCAGAAAGGUUCCUCAGACAAGAAGGAGGGCAAGAAGAAGAGAGAUGAAAGCCCAGCGCCAGAGGACGGACACAAAUGCAGAGUCUGUCGCUUCCCUCUGCUCAUCGCCCUGCUCCAGCUGCUGUUGGGGGUGGCCGUCACGGUUGUGGCCUUCCUUAUGUUGGCCAUCAGCCCCUCACUCCUGACCAGGGAGACGCCACACUGGGCUGGAAUCAUUCUGUGUUUGGUUUCCAUCCUGGGCUUCAUCCUGUACUGUAUCACCUACGUCCCUGACGAGAGAACGUCUGGGCAAUUCAUUGGCAAGAUCCUGUACUUUGUCAUGUGUACAAUCGGCCUGGUCAUAUCAAUUCUGGCUAUGUCGUUUGCUGGACACCACUAUUCACAGACCAGUGGCUUCAGCUGUGAGCAGGUGGGAGUGGACUGUGUGUGCAAACUGGAUCAAAAUGACCCAAUAGCCCGCACCUUCACCUACGAGGGCGCCAGCGACUGUGCGUGGAUCACUGGGACGCUCCCACUCUACUUCCUGCUCCAGAUCGUGCUGAACCUGGCCCAAGCACUGGUGUGUGCCGUCGGUGCCUUUAUCAUGUGGAAGCACCGUUACCAGGUCUUUUUCGCCGGCCUUCAGAUUGUCUCUCCCUCUUCCCAGCAGUGGCAGAAGGUUUAACACGAUGAUGAAAGAGUUGAUGGGAUGAGUCUGAUCACUCAGAUCAGGUUGGAGGGUAAUGCCAACAGUGUGAUUACACUCCGGGGACAUUUGCCUUCGUGGUGUGUGCCAAAGUGUCUUUUCUUUGAUGUCAGUUUAUAUUAACCUUUUGUGGUAGUUGUUCUAUAAUGGCUUUUUGCACAAAUUUUGUAUACCAUAUAUAUACUUCCAUUUUCAGACGUUAUAAAAUAUAACUUGAAUAGAUGAAUAAGAGCAAAACAACUUUUUUUGAAGAAAAAAAACAGUUGUGUAGCACGAUAAGGAAUUUUUCACAAUGUUUCUAGUUGCAAAUGGUGAAGGACACAGCCUCAAGCUUUGUUUUCAUUUUUCACAUAAUAAAACAUUUCAAAAAUUGUCUAAAUGCAGUAGCACAUAUUACUUUACAAUUUAAACAUUACAUUGAAGUUUUUCUCUAUAAUUUGCAGCUGCCUGCUAAACUUAUUUUCAGUGUUUGACACACUAAAACCAACUAGGUAGAUAAAUUCCACGAGUUUGGUUUAUUUUGCUAUAAUACAAAGUAAUGCAGCUCUGUAAAUAUUGCAUAACAUCCUUGAUGAAAAACAACAGUUAAGUAUUUUUCAGGUGAUAAAAGUAACCCCUGUAAUACUCCAAACAGUCCAAAAAUAUACACUAAAAACAGCUCCUGACAGCAGUAACACAAGAUGAGCAGGGUACACUUCAUGAGACUGGAUCCAGACUGAACUGGGCUGUGGCUUGUGAAGGUGGAUGCCAGGCCAGUAGCCAGCAUGACUCAAACAGCCUGUUAGGAGUCACAAAGGGAGGGGGGAAGGGGUCAGGGUGAGCAAAGGGGGACUCAGACAGGCAGCUGGAUGGAGGUAACUAAAUCAUCUCACUGUGUUGCACACAUUUCAGUUUUCAUUCAGAUAGGAAUGAGCAAAAGAGGUCAAAUGAGUAUUUUCAAAAUGCUUUGCCCUGUGCACAGAUCCAGCUUUAUUAUAUUCCUACUCUCAUCUCAGCUGCUGACAGCAGUCUGGAGGCCUACAUGCUGAGCAGCCAAAGGUAAACGUGAGGCAGUUUCUGCAGCAAAUUAGAUGAACCAUGCACCCAGAGGGGAGGCUGUAAUUAGUGUGCAAUCUAUUUUGUGAAUGAUGGAAAAAGGUUGAUUGACCGGGGAUGAUGUAGAAAUAUUGUUUAUUCUUUACAGAAUGUGGCGUUUGGGAAAGGAACAUUUCAUUUGGAUGAAAAACAGAUGCCUGUCCUUCAAGCCGUACUGUUUUUGGUUACAAAUACAAAUCUUUGUGUCAGUUUCCUUUUUAUUGUUGCGUCACCACACAUAUGCAGUUAAUAUAUAUCAACCAAUUCAGACCAAAAGGUCAAUCGCUACCAAAUAAAUUGAUUUGCUUUUGUGUUUAACAACAUUAUGAGUGAAAACUGAGAAUCAGUGAACAUCUCCAUCUAUGCAUCCUCCAAGUCAUAACCAUUUUGAAUCUAAAGGUAAGGCCUGCAUAACGAAUGAAUCCAUAUUAACAACUAUAUAGUUAACAUUAACUAUUAUAGUUAUAGCAGAGUCCAAAUGUCCAAAUGUAUGACUAAUCUGUGACAUCACCAAGAGACAAGACGUCUCUGUCUGAGCCUGGCUGUGACUUAGUGUGAUCGUAUCAUACGAGUUAACUGUUAACUGCUCAAAGUGACUGACUGACGGUCCUCAAGGAUCGCUCUCUCAUGACAACUCUUUUUUUUUUUAAACUUGAGAAAUAUUAUCACCAUUUUUUUUUCCCAGUGAGGAUGGAGCUCAGUUGUAUAACAAUCAGCAGAGAAUCACCGGGAUAUGUAAAUACGUUAUGUGUUAUUGUGUGAAUUAUGUAUUAAUUCUAUUUAAUGAUGCAUUUAUCACACUGUAGAAGCUCACACUGUACAUGUAGUUUGAGCUUCUACAGUGUGAUAAACACUAUGCAUAUACUGCAUACAUGUGAUGUUGUUGAUACAUCAUGUGACUACAAAAGGCUCAAUCUUGCAGCCAGACACAGGAAGUCACAUGCCAGUCAUCACGGGGGCAUGUUUAUUUAUAAAAAAUGACAGUGAGAAGGGACCUUCCACCCUCCUCCUGAGUAACUACUUUCUGUGUGGUCAAUUGAUCUUUCAAGGCAAAAAAAAACAAAAACCCAGAACGAUAUCUGAUUGUGGUGGCCACUGACGCUGCUGUGAGUUCUUAGAAAUGACUGCAGCAGACAGAAGAUCAAUAUGUGUAUUAACGGAAAUGACAACAACUUUCACA